AUGUCAGAAGAUUCAGAAAAGUAAGACUAUUCAGACAGAACAAUCAGUGAAGAUGAAUCAGAUGAGGAUAACUUUAUGAAGUUUGUAAAUGAAGACAUCCAUCAGUGUGCACUUUUAACAGAUUGGACCCCUUCUAAUCCUGAGCGAAUGUACAUCCCAACAGGCCUGGAGAUAGAACCCCUUUAUCCAAGCUCCAAGGAGGAUCCUGUGGUUUACCUAGCUGAAGAUGCCUACAAAGAGCCUUGUUUUGUGUAUUCCCAAGUUGGGGGCAACCGAACACCCUUGAAGCAGCCUGUGAAUAACUGUGAUGAUACUUUGAUGUUUGAAGCAAGGUUUGAGAGUGGUAAUCUACGGAAGGUAGUCAAAGUGGCAGAAUAUGAAUACCAGCUGACUGUCCCUGACCUGUUCACAAAUAAACACACCCAGUGGUACUACUUCCAAGUCACUAAUACCCAAGCAGGAAUAGACUACAGAUUCACUAUUAUCCAUUUCACCAAGCCUGCUAGUCUUUAUAAUCGGGGUAUGCACCCACUGUUUUAUUCUGAAAACGAGGCCAACGCUCAUAAUAUUGGCUGGCAGAGAAUAGGAGACCAAAUGAAGUAUUAUAGAAGCAACCAGGGGCAAGACGGGUGCCAUUAUUUUCUUACAUGGACAUUUCAAUUUCCACACAGUAAAGAUACCUGCUAUCCAUACACUUACACAAACCUGCAAGAAUACCUUUCUAGCAUCAGUAAUGACCCAGUACAGUCAAAGCUUUGUAAAAUACGUGUCUUGUGCCACACAAUUACUAGGAACAUGGUGUAUGUUUUAACGAUUACUACCCCCUUGAAGAACAGUGAGUCAAGAAAGCGAAAGGCCAUGAUUUUGACUGCAAGGGUACAUCCAGGAGAAAACAGCUUUUGGAUCAUGAAGGGCUUCCUAGAUUAUAUUUUAGGAGACUCAAGUGAUACACAGUUGCUCCGGGACACUUUCAUCUUCAAGGUGGUACUCAUGCUGAAUCCAGAUGGUGUGAUUGUGGGAAAUUAUCGGUGUUCCUUAGCUGGAUGGGAUUUAAACCUUAACUAUACAUCUCUCCUGAAGGAGUCAUUUCCUUCUGUUCGGUAUACCCGGAACAUGAUCUGUAGAUUGAUGGAGAAACGAGAGGUUAUUUUGUAUUGUGACCUUCAUGGCCAUAGUAAGAAAGAGAACAUCUUCAUGUAUGGCUGUGAUGAUAGUGACAGAUGUAAAGCAUUAUACUUACAGCAACGAAUCUUGUAACUUAGGCUGAGCAAAAAUUGUCCAGAUAAAUUUUCAUUCUCAGCUUGCAAGUUUAAUAUUCAGAAGAGCAAAGAGGGAAUAGGAACGGUGGUAACGUGGAAAGUGGGAAUCAGGAACAGCUUUACCAUGGAGGCCACUUUUUGUGAAUCUACUCUGGGUAAUAAAAGAGGCAUUCAUUUCAACACAAAAGACUUGGAGUCGAUGGGGUAUCAUUUUUGUGAUUCUCUCUUGGACUACUGUGAUCCAGACCGAACCAAGUAUUAUCAGUGCCUGAAAGAAUUAGAAGAAAUGGAAAAACAUAUAAACUUGGAAGAAGUCCUUGAUGAUUCAGAUACUUCUCUGAAAGAAAUUACAUUGGAUCUAGAGUCUAGUAGCCAUGGCUCUGACAGUUCAGAAUCCAGUGACUCUCAGACUGAGCUUCUCAAGUUAAGUUCUCAGAUAAAAAACAAGAAAAAACAUCUGAAAACAAAGAAGGAAAGAAACUCUACCACAGCAAGCCAUCAGAGAAGAGCAAGAGAUACAAGGCCAGAUAUAUCAGAUGACUGUACAUUUGAUUAUUUCAGAAGACAGUUCCCUAAUCAAGAUUUGCAGUACAACUUAGAAAGCAAUAUGAAAGAACGUCCAUCUUUCCAAAUCAAGAAGCCUGGAGUAAACUGGACAGAUGAUGAAAAAAGAAUCUACAGUGAUAAAAAAAUAGCUGAAACUCAAGAAAUAUUGCAGUAUUUGCUCCCCAUCAUGAAAAGCACUAAAAAUGUGCAAACUACUCAGAGAAAACAGAUACUCAAUCCAAGAACCAACUUUCAAAUCCAACAUAAGUCAAUACAAUUUUGUCAUUCUUAGCUAUUUAAUACAUAUGCUCUUUUAUAAGGAAACAAGGCUUAUUAAAUUCAUUAUCCUAAGAAACAAACAUAGGCUUUUAAAAAUACUGGCAGCUACACCAUGUUUGACAAAGGGAGAAAGGCCCAAAGCCUUAAGAAAACAUUGGAUAUGUGAAGGGGAGUACGUUUUCAGGCCUUAUUUGAUUGUUUGUUUACAUGAAACCACUCAUUAAUUUGGAUCUAUGAAUCAAGUAUGCAUUAAUAAAGUAUGACCACAGCCUGACUUGAAAUUUCUUAGGUGUGUUUAAACCUUAUAAUCCCAGGGGGCAACCGGAACUAGAAAUAAUUAACCGGAGCUACUUCAGCUUACUGAUAUUCAGAGGGAAGCAGGAAGGAUAAGACCAGAUUUCUUUUCAAGAUUAUUAAAAAGAACCAUCACUAAGGCCAAAAGGAAACUCAUAUAAAUAAAAGUAAGACAAUGACAAGCUGAAAACGAUAAAUAUAAUACUAAUAUUAUCAACAAAUUUUGAUGAAGUAUUUCUGUGUGCUACACACUAUUCUGUGUUUACACACACAAACACAUUUUACAUUCUACACAUAAGGAAACUGAAGUACAAAAGGUUAAGCAAUUUGUUCAAGGUCACACAGACAAUAGGCAGCAAUCGGAUUCAACCCUAACUAGACAUUUUGACUGCAGAGUCCUUCAUCAGCAUGCUUUGAGAUUUCUCUUCAUAAUAUAAAUGAAAAACAGAGGACCAAUAUAUACUUAAUAUUCAAAGACUGCCUACAAAUCAAUGAUAAAAUUAUGAAUAUUUUAAUAGGAAAAUGGGCAAAGGCUAUGAACCAGAAAUUCACAAAAGGAAAGAAGAAAAAAAUGGCCAAUGAUCAUUUUAAAAUGUUCGAUCUCACUUAAAUCCAAGGAGUGAAAAUUAAAACAAUAAUGAAAUUCUCUUCAUUUUUGUCUAUCAAUGGAAGAAUUCAUUCACUGAUUGUUGGAAUAUAAAUGGGUACAAUUUCUGGAAGGCAAUCCAACAAUAUAUGAAAAAUCCGUAAUAUCUACGUUCAUUUUGACUAAGAAAUUCCACUUUUAGAAACUGAUCCUAAGGAAAAAAACCUAGGAAAGGGCUCGAAGAUUUCUGUAGUGAUGUUCAUUUCAGUAUUGCUUAUAAGAGCCAAAGAGAAAGAAAAAUGAAUCUAAAUGUCCAACAAUAGAAGAUUGCUUAAAUAAAUUAUAGUACAUCCAUAAAG